GGAAGGCGAUGCGACGGCGUGCGGAGAAGGGCGACUGGCGACAAAGUUGUCACUUGGAAUUGAAUGCUGCAAUUAUACAUUUUUAAUGGGGCUUUUUCACAUUUUCCCCCCGAUGCCGGAUUUAUCCUCGCUGGCCAGGCCGGCCGGGUUUGUUCCUAUUUAACGCCUACCUGCUGCCUGUCUCGCUCCGCCACCGAUCUGCUUUCGUCCGCUGUGAAUUCCGGAUCGCCGCCUGCCUUCCUGCCUGCCUGCCUGCCGCUAUGGCGUCGGAGGUCGUCGCCGUGGGGGAAUUGCCCCUCCUGCUUCCUAUAAAGACCGCGCUGGGUGGUGGGGAGAAGAUCGCCGUGGCGGUGGAUGAGGGCGGGGGCGGCGAAGAGGAGGGCGGGUGCGUCACUCCCAAGUCGGAGCAGCACGUCCUCAAGCCGCCCACCGUGUGCCCGCCGGCACCCAGGAAACCGAAUCCGGCAAAGAGAUCGGCGUCCGCGGCGCCGAAUUGCAAGGAAUUCUUCGUCGUGCCUCGGGACUUGACCUCGAUCUUCAUCCCUAUCCCUCCGAAGAAGAGGAUUCGCCUAAUCUGAUCCGGUUCUGCCUUCUCCUCUUUCUCUCUCUGUAUUAUCCUCCCUGUUUUCUCUUAAAUUUCUUGUGUGGUAAAAAUUGAAUUUUUCUUCCUAUUGAAAUCCCCACUUUGUAUAAGGUCGAGGGAACGUAUCCUCCCGAUCACGCUUCAUUGUGUAAAUUUUACAUUCUUUUCUUGUGUAAUCUUUACCAGGAAUUCUUCUCCUGUCGUUGAAUUCUCUUCAAAUUUAGAAUUUUG